AUGUUUAAGAUUGAAAAUGAGACAGACUUACAUUGUAAAGUUGUUCACCUAAUUAGAAAUUAUUAUCCAAAUGCCAUCAUGGUAGCAGGACUUGGGGAAAACCAGGAUACUCCAUUCAAAAGAAUUGAUAGUUGGAAAAAGGGAUAUACAAAAGGUCAACCAGAUUUAAUGAUAGUUAAUUAUCAUAAAGAUUAUAAUGGUCUUUGUAUAGAAUUUAAAUCUCCGACUAAUAUUUAUCAAAUUUCAGAUGCACAAAGAGAAAUGAAAGAAAGGUAUAAGGAAAAUUGCUAUAAAUUUAUUCUUAGUAAUGACUAUGAUUAUUUAUGUAAGCAAGUACAUAAAUAUAUG